CUUAGGUUCUCACAGCAAACACAUUCAUAGCCAAUAUCACUUUGAGCGCAGCGAUAUCAUUACUUAGAAUCUUCUCUUCUCUUUUUCAUUUUUCAAGAAUUGUAUCUUAAUUAUCUUCUUUAAAGCCUUGUCGUGGGAUUUAUUUGGAGAAAAAAAAAACAGACAUGGAGAGCCCGAAAUCGCCUCUUCAACCCCCGACUUAUGGGAGCUUAAUCACCGUACUUAGCAUCGACGGCGGCGGGAUUAGAGGGAUAAUCCCGGCCACUAUUCUUUCCUUCCUGGAGUCCGAGCUUCAGAAAUUGGACGGAGAAGAAGCGCGGCUUGCGGACUACUUCGACGUGAUAGCUGGCACGAGCACAGGCGGUCUGGUGACCGCCAUGCUCACUGCCCCAAACAAACAAGGCCGACCCUUGUUCGCGGCCAGUGAGAUCAAGGACUUUUACCUCGAGCAUUGUCCCAAAAUCUUCCCACAAGAACAUUUUCCGUUUUCGGCUGCAAAAAACUUGGUUAAGACCUUGACCGGACCAAAAUAUGAUGGGAAGUACCUUCAUAAACUUGUUAUGGAGAAGUUGGGUGACACAAGGUUGAACCAAACACUUACAAAUGUUGUCAUUCCGACAUUCGAUAUCAAAUGUCUUCAGCCUACUAUUUUUAGCAGUUAUGAGGUGAAGAACAACCCUCUCAAGAACGCAACGCUUGCCGAUAUUAGCAUCUCGACUUCAGCGGCUCCAACGUAUCUUCCUGCCCAUUACUUCCAAACCAAGGACGAAAAGGCGGGGAAAAGCAGAGAAUUCCACCUCAUCGAUGGAGGUGUUGCGGCUAACAACCCGGCGCUGGUGGCCAUUGGCGAGGUGACUAAAGAGAUAACAAGAGGGAGCGCCGAUUUCUUCCCCAUAAAACCGAACGACUACGGAAGGUUUCUCGUGCUAUCCCUCGGGACAGGUACGGCUAAGGGCGAGGAGAAAUUCAACGCGCAAGAAUGCGCCCGUUGGGGAAUGCUGAGUUGGUUGACACACGACAAUUCAACGCCCCUUAUCGACACCUUCAUGCAAGCUAGCUCCGACAUGGUUGAUUUCCACCUCUCGACCGUCUUCCAAGCUCUGCAUUCGGACCCUAACUACCUUCGAAUCCAAGAUGAUACGUUAACGGGGGAUGCAUCUUCUGUCGAUAUCGCGACAAAGGAGAAUCUAGACACUCUCGUGAAGACAGGAGAACAACUUCUCAAGAAACCUAUCUCGAAAGUUAAUCUUGAAACGGGUUCUAACGAGAAUGCUUAUGAAAUGACCAACGAAAAGGCUCUCAUCAAAUUGGCAGGAAUAUUGUCUAGGGAGAAGAAGCUUCGGGUCAUGAGGUCCCCUCAUGGAAAAACGCCGAGAAAAAUCUAAAAACAAUUAUGAAAUUAUUUGUUCUUAUUUAGUCUACGUUGCUUACCCUGAUUUAGUUUCUCGUUUUUUAUUAACAUUUUAUCUUUCACUUGUUAUAAUAUUUUCGGUGUGUUCAUUUGUAAUAAAUGUUUAUGGUGUGAUUUAUAAGGGUAAUAAAAAAGAUGGUUCGACUUUUUUUUCCUUA